AUGAAAUUUGCGGAGUUGCCAUCGGAAAUCAUAUGUCAGGUCGUCCUACACCUUCCCACUGCAAAUGCAAUCACUCGGCUGGCACAAACAUGCCGACGCAUACAUAAAAUCCUCAAAGCUGAAGAGGCAUGGCUGUUCCGAGCGUUCGUCAGAUCCAAGUUUCCAGGGAUCCAGACACCACCGUUCUGGAAAGACGCAGUGUGUGCUCUUACAUCUCGCUCUCGCGCCCUGGACCGGUUGGGAAUCAUUGGAAGGUUCGUAACUGUGCCAGACUCAGAGACAGUCACCCGCAUUGGCGUCCCAGACGCGGUGCGACAGGACAACCCAACCUUGGGUUACCGACCUCCGAUUGACUCCUACGAGAUUUGGAACGGUGAAUCCUGGGCAGCAAAGAAGGAGGUUCUGGCAUGGGGCGCCGGUGAGAAACUGCUCCUGCGCACCAGGCACACGGGAAAACACUGCUCUGACGACUGGGUUCUGUUCAAUGGUGUGGAUGAGCCUAGCAGUCACGAUGACAUUUUGGGCCUGCAUCUUCUGGAUGCUGAGCACGGCAAAGACGGCGACGUGGAAAAUGUCAUCUUUGGACGAAGGAGAGGCGAUCUGCGCCAAGUUGCGCUGUCCUCAAGCGCUGCCGAUUAUGAAUAUAAAAAAACGUUCCAGACAGAAGGAUUGGAGCUCAGUGACACUGAUCUAAUGCGCGGCCCCGAUCCAAUUCUUUGCGCACAAUUCCUCCAAGGCGCAACGGCAUUGUACCAGGUGGCAAGCGAGAAGGAGAUCGUUCAACCAUUUGCGUGGAUUCAACCAGAGCGCUCAUCUCGUGGUCGGAGAGCAAAGCUUCUUUCCUCGACCCGAAUCGCCGUGGCCACCAUGAAUGAGAGGGACUCACUUAUCAUUUCAAGAAUAAGACCCGAUGGUGUCUACACGGAGGAAACGAUCGAAGCUGGCUUGCUCGGCGUGAACAGCAACCAAAUACAACGAAAUCACCAUGCUCCUCAGGCAAUCAGUGUCAUUGAGCCUCUUCACGAUCACCCUUUGGCUGAUCACUCAGGCAAUGUCUUUCUGGCGGCAUGGGGAGACCGGGCUGUUCGCCUUCACGACCUCAGGUCCCCACGACUUUACGAGACAGCAUAUGAGGAUCCCACAGACGAUAACUCUGUUUACAGUCUCAAGGCGUUUGGCCACGAUCGGUUUAUAGUUGGCUCCGGGGGCAAUGCAUUGAUUAAAUUAUUCGAUCUGCGCUGCACAAGUUACAGUUAUUUGCAUGCCCAUGCAUCUCGUCCCAAAGCCCCUUCUACAGCCCCCAUUGCCCACAAUCACGGGCAGUAUCCCAGCAGAAAUUUCAACAUUUUCCUUUCUGCACCGUCUCCGGCGGCCUUCACUGCGCAUGCGGCUCAGUCCCGUCGGCGAACGCAAGUGCAUCCCUAUCGCGGCCCAAUCUACAGCCUGUCUGCUCCAUCGCCAUCUUCACCCACUCUAUACACCGGCGUGGCGGGUGGUUUAAUUCGGCUUGACUUCGCAUCAACAGAUGACUUGACCGGACCAGCGAAGGAAUGGUACCACCAAAACCUUGACCUCGGCUUUGACGGAGAAAUGAAUCCGGUGGAUGGAUCGAGCUUUUUCACCAUGGCUGGGUACGAGAGACCCAGUCCAGAUGACUUGACUACAACCUCCAAGCUGAGAAAGCAGCAUGGAAACUGGCGAGUGCAAGAGGAUGUUAUCCAUCGGCGUGUCGUAUCGGGCUGGGAUCAGCGAUGGGAGGCAUUGGAAAGGCCUGGAGCUUGGCGGCGCCAGGAUGGAUAG